CAACUCCUCUGCACUACAGCAGCUCUGUACAGGCAUUUUCAGUGCUUCUGGGGGACACACCAAUAAAAAAAUUAAAGAUUUGUAGCUGUUUGUUCACAUGUGUCCAGGGGGAGAUGAAGUACACUGGAUCCUGCAUAGUUUGGCUUUGUAUGGCAGUCAUCCUCCUUCCUGGUUCUACUUCUGUGGCUGUCAGUGACCAGACAGGUGCUGUGUGUCCUUUAAUGAAAACAGUUGCCCGUCAUCUCAAACAAAUCCACAGAGACGGUCGUGGUGUAUCAGGGUUUGAUCUGGCAGAAAGCUUUUCUUUAAGGCAAACAUCUUGUAGUGGGGAAAAGAUCUGUUUUAAAUUGGGAAGUGCACCUCUCAUUAGAGAUACAAGGCAAGUAUUUCCAAAUGGGCUUCCUGAAGAAUACUCUCUAGUUGCUACAUUCCGCAUACGGCGAAAUACCAAGAAAGAGCGUUGGUAUAUAUGGCAAGUUUUAAAUCAGUAUGACACACCUGAGAUCUCUGUCCUCCUGGAUGGUACAAAAAAGGUGGUGGAGUAUAUGACCAAAUCCUCUCAGGGAAAUAUACUGCACUACACUUUUAAGAGUCGAGAAAUUUAUCCAUUGUUUGAUCGGCAGUGGCAUAAGCUUGGUAUUAGCGUGCAGUCAGGGAUCAUUUCCCUCUAUUUGGAUUGUAAUUUAAUUGAGAGAAAGCAGACUGAUGAAAAAUUCACCAUUGACUUGCAGGGAAGGACACUGAUUGCUUCUCGUGCUGCGGAUGAUAAGCCUGUAGAUAUUGAACUUCACCACAUUGCAGUUUAUUGUAAUUCACAACUUGCAACAGAAGAUACGUGUUGUGAAAUAUCUGCAGACUUGUGCCCACAUGAGGAGAGGUUACUGGCUACGACUUCAUCACCAGUGACUGUUCAUGCCAGCAAAAUAUACACGCUUCCAGGGAUGCAGCAAGAAUCUACACAGAGAUGCUACUGCUUUCCAAAUAAAGGAGAAGCAGGAUUGCCAGGAGUAGCUGGUUUGCCAGGCCAGAAAGGAGAGAAAGGUGAAAAGGGUGAGAUGGGUGUGAAAGGACCAGACGGUGCUGCAGGUCUGCCUGGUGAAAAGGGUGAACGUGGCUUUCCAGGUAGUAAAGGUGAUGAAGGUGAAAAGGGUGAAAAAGGAGAUAAAGGAGCACCAGGACCAGAAGGCCUUCCUGGAACAGAGGGACUAAAAGGUGACCCUGGUAGUCCUGGUGUGGCUGGUCCAAAAGGAGAAAAGGGAGAUGUAGGACCUCCAGGACCAGCUGCCUUGAGUGGUUUGCUGGAGGGUCCCCAAGGCCCACCUGGCAAAGAAGGUCAAAGGGGUAGACGAGGGAAACCAGGACUUCCAGGAAAACCAGGGCCACCAGGACCUCCUGGUCCUUCUGGACUAAAAGGAAUCCUGGAUUCGUUGAACAAGCAUUACAAUGAGAGUGAUACAAGACUACUAGGAGUACUUGGGGCCCCUGGACCUAAAGGCCAGAAAGGAGACAUUGGUCAAAAAGGAGAAUUGGGAAUGACUGGUGCAAAAGGAGAAAAGGGAGAGCCUUCUGAAAAAGGGGACAAGGGAGACCCAGGAGAGACUGGAAUGGAGGGAUCAAAAGGAAAUAAGGGUGAAAUGGGAGAUCCUGGACCACCAGGUCUUAUUGGAAAUCCAGGAUCAAAGGGACUUCAAGGCCCUCCAGGAGCUGUUGGACCCAGGGGACUGCCAGGAGAAGUCGGCUUACCAGGAGAUCCUGGGGUACCAGGAAACCCAGGAAUUAAAGGAGAUAAGGGUGACCCUGGUGGAAUUAUGGGACCCCCUGGACAUCCAGGUCCAAAAGGAGAUAUGGGCCCUCCUGGACCAAGUCUGCCUGGAACACCAGGUCCCACUGGUGUUCCUGGAAACCCAGGUCCAAGGGGGCCAAAGGGAGAAAGAGGACUACCUGGUGUACAGGGAGCACCUGGGGAGAUGGGGCCCCCUGGAAUAGGCGUUCAGGGAUCACCAGGUCCUAUAGGUCCAACUGGAUCAGCAGGUGUGCAGGGCCCUAGGGGACCCCCAGGACUACCAGGAGUUCCAGGUACCCCUGGUGUUAAUGGCGCUCCAGGAAGAGAUGGGAAGCCAGGACUACCAGGCCCUCCAGGUGAUCCUGUUGCACUUCCACUUGUGGGAGACAUGGGUGCUAUACUGAAGGGUGAUCCUGGCACAAGAGGUCCUCCAGGCAUUCCUGGUAGAGAAGGACCAAAAGGAAGCAAAGGUGAACGUGGAUUUCCUGGGCUUGCAGGAGAAAAGGGCGAUGAGGGUCUUCAAGGUGCUCCUGGACUGCCAGGUAUACCAGGACCCAGUGGCCCAUCUGGAGUCACAGGAAGACCUGGGCAUCCCGGUCCAGCUGGAGCAAAAGGAGAAAAGGGUAGUGAAGGUUCUCCUGGGAAACCUGGACCACCUGGGCCUCCGGGCAUGCCUUACAAUGAAAGAAAUGGAAUGAGCAGCUUAUAUAAACUGCAGGGAGGUGUGAGUGUCGCCAGUUAUCCAGGUCCACCAGGACCUCCGGGUCCAAAAGGGGAUCCUGGAACAGUGGGAGACCCGGGACCGAUGGGAUUACCAGGACUGGAAGGACUCCCAGGGGAAAAGGGUGACCGUGGACCAGCUGGUGCACCAGGAGUGUCAGGGACACCGGGAAAGCCGGGAUCCCCUGGGUCCCCAGGGCUGCCAGGAGAACCUGGUGAAAGAGGACCUAUAGGAGAUAUAGGCUUCCCAGGUCCAGAAGGGCCCCAAGGAAAACCAGGGAUCAAUGGAAAAGAUGGAUUGCCAGGUCCUCCGGGUGCUGUGGGGAGACCAGGAGACAGAGGACCCAAAGGAGAACGUGGAGAUCAGGGUAUUCCAGGGGACAGAGGUCCACAGGGUGAACGAGGGAAACCUGGCCCAUCAGGAGAAAAGGGGGAUGUGGGUCCUGUUGGCCCUCCAGGAGACAGAGGCUAUCCAGGAUCACCAGGUCAUCAAGGUCCCCCAGGUUCACCAGGACCCCCAGGGUUUCCAGCUGAUGCAAUUUCACUUGAAGAAAUAAAGAAAUAUAUCAAACAAGAGGUUCUUAAGGUGUUUGAAGAAAGGAUGGCUCAAUUUGUAUCCCAGCUGAAGCUGCCUGCUGCAAUGCUUGCCUCCCAAGCUCAUGGGAAACCAGGGCCCCCAGGAAAAGAUGGGUCACCAGGGCCACCAGGAAAGGACGGUUUGCCAGGACCACCAGGAGAACGUGGAAUUCAAGGUUAUAGAGGACAGAAAGGGGAAAGAGGCGAGCCUGGAAUUGGACUGCCUGGUAACCCUGGACCGCCUGGCCCUGCAGCUGCUGGCCUGCCAGGCCCACCAGGAGCAUCAGGCUCGCCAGGACCGCAGGGGCCGCCUGGACCCACCGGGAGAUGCAAUCCGGCAGAUUGCUAUUACUACGUGUCACAGACUCGCCCGCGCUCCAGCAGGAAAUAAAA